AUGUCCUCGGAGGUCUUCUCUUGCACAGAGUGUGAUAGAACAUUUGAUGCACUGGGUAGAUUCAAUCAACAUUUGAAGACGCACAAGAAGCCUUACAUAUGUAAAAAUUGUGGUCGAGGGUUUGGACUUCGUGCGGACCUUCAUCGGCACAUUGAGGCACGACACCGUGUAGGCAACCCAAGAUAUGGCUGUGGCAUUCAAGAUUGCAAUAUGAAGAUUUCACGGAAGGACAACAUUGCAAGCCACAUGAAAAGAUACCAUCCCGAGAAACGCAGAGAUACCGCUCCUCGAAACCGAUCUCGAGUUGGUGCGAAGCUAAACAGUAAUGACGAGGACUCAAUCUCUACGGCUCUAGAGUCCGAGCCGCAUAAAGUAUUCGAUUGGUGGCAAUCGGCAAGCACUGGCAAUCUCUAUGCUUUGAAGAGUAUACUCAAUGGAGAGUUUGAUGUGAAUUCACAAGCACAAGAUCAGAAUACUGCUCUACAUUGCGCAGCCCGGACCGGUCAGACCGCGAUCAUUCAUUUCCUUCUGGAGGAGAAUGCACGACUCGAUAUCGAAAACGAGAAACUCGAAACGCCUCUCUAUGAAGCAGCACUGGGUGGACAUUCUGAGUGCGUUUUGUUAUUGUUACGGGCUGGGGGAUCCGUCAGAAUGUUUGAAUCAGACAGCUGGAACAGUAGUGUCCCUGGCUUUGUGGACCACAUAGUUCGGAUCGGAGAUGUACAACUGGUGCAAGCUGUGCUUGCUGUCGAGAAACCUCAACUGAAGAAGGAUCGCACCUCCAAAGCACACGCGCUCGCAAUUGCCGCUGCAAAGAUUGGCCAGAUCCCAAUCCUCCAGUCGAUUCUCAAGUCUGAUCCAGACGCUGCCGAAUACAGGGGAAGGAAAGCUGCACCAAUCCAACACGCUGUCAGUCGUGGACAGAUGUCAGCAGUCCAAAUUCUACUAGCACCGUCAGGACAUUGCAAAGACCCAAGCAACAAGUCAUCACGUACAAUCAGUAGGAUGCAUUGCCUGAUACGUUCAGCAGCUAAGAGAGGAUUCCUGGCCGUCCUUGAGAUGUUACUCGAAUACGAGCCAAAUGCAACCAUCAAUUGGGGACAUUUGGUGGCCCUUGCGGCCGAGAAUGGACAUUCAGAGGUAGUCCGAUACCUCUUAGUUGUCGGAAAAGUUGAUCUCGGCUUGCAUACAGAUCCACUAAACUGGGCCGCAGGUCGUGGCCAUCUGAACGUCGUCGAGAUUCUGCUGAGCAAUGGCGCUCAGCAUAAUCUGCUUUGCGGCAAUGGAGGCACUGCAAUUCACUCAGCCGCACGCAAUGGUCAUUUGAAAGUUGUCGAGACCCUUUUGAAUCAUGGUGCGAGGCAUAAUAUGCUCAAUUCUCACCUAGAAACACCUUUGCUAGCAGCUUUCUGGAACAACAAGCUCGACAUCGUUCGAGUGUUAUCCAGAUACGAUAAUUCGAUCCUCGAACCCGAAGAGACCUGCUAUGAAACAACCUCGCUAGUCGGGGUGGCGCAACGUCUGCUAGAUAAGCAAAAACUUUCCAUCAACUCGCGAGGUUAUGCCCGAGAAACGUGGGUAAAGUACAAAUCCCUCUUGUACCUGGCAGCAGAGUUUAACGACUUUGAGCUUGCAAUGUUCGUGCUGAAUCAUCGAGACUGGGACCCGCAAGAUGUAAAUCUGGAGCACUCGGCGGUUUUCUGGCAUUCUUCAACAGCACUUGAUACCGCUAAACGCAAAGGGCACAAUGAAAUGGCACAACUCCUCAUAGAGCACGGAGCGUCUUAUGGCACGCAGGAACAGCAAAAACAACCAAUCCCAAUCAGAGUCGAACCGGAUCACACGAUCGGAGACAAGAGGCCCGAAAUGCAAGAAGACAUGGAUCUCACAUUCGGCUCCGACCUCGAAGAACAGCCAUAUUCAUACAUCGACGAGUACAUGAACCUAGACGGAGACGAACCCUCUUUUGAAGCACCAGACAAACCUGAAGAAGCGAUUCAGAACACGCAGACGACUUGGAUGAGCACAGUGCUAGGAUAA